GCCCCUUCUUGGCCUCGUCUUGAUGAAACAACAUGGCGGAGUUGAAGGCUUUUCUCCAGGAAAACUUGAGCUUAAAUUUUGUCAAGGAUUUAGGCUCAAGAGGUGGCGGGUGCAUUAGUAGUUCGAGGCAUUUUUCAACUGAUAUUGGCGAUAUUUUUGUUAAGACAUAUGAACUAGAAAAGGGAAAGGUGAUGUUCACUGGGGAGUAUGAGAGCCUGAAAGCAAUUAAAGAGACCAAUACUGUCACCGUCCCAAAGCCUAUCAAGAUUCUGGAAAAUGAAAAUACACAUGAGUACGUUUUUGUGAUGGAAUUUAUCAACAUGGGGUCUUUGUCGAAAUUUCAGUCAAAGUUAGGUGAAGACUUGGCCAGACUUCAUCUCCACAACCGGCAGCUUCUGGACAAAGCAAAGAAAUCUGAAACACAGGUAGGCAAAGCUGAGAAGUGUGAAGUUGUCGAGCAGUUUGGUUUUCAUGUGAAUACGAGCUGUGGGAUGAUUCCACAAGAUAAUACAUGGAAUAAAGACUGGAUUGAAUUUUACACCCGGCAGAAAUUGCAGCAACAGAUUGAUCUACUUCUAAAGGAAUAUCAAGAUAGGGAGUUGCAAGCCUUAUGGUCAGAUUUACAACUAAAUAUUGACAAGUUCUUCAAGGGAAUCGAUCCUCAACCAUCGCUGCUACAUGGUGAUCUAUGGAGUGGCAAUGCUGCUGAAACUCGCGAGGGGCCUGUAAUAUACGAUGCAGCGUCAUUUUAUGGUCAUGACGAAUAUGAUCUUGCCAUUGCUGGAAUGUUUGGAGGAUUCAAUUCUCAAUUUUACAAGGCCUACCAUAAUCUCAUCCCAGUUGCAAAAGGCUUCGAGGAAAGACAUAUAUUAUACACUUUAUUCCAUUACCUGAACCACUGGAAUCAUUUCGGGACUGGUUAUAGAUCGCAAUCGAUAUCGUACAUGAAGAAGCUUAUAAACUAUGCCAAGAAAUCCUGAAUAAUCACAUUUGGCUCACUAUAACGAUUGCAUUUGCUGUGAACCCCAUGAAGCUUCAGUAGACUGAUUUACUUUGUGUAUAGAAAAACACUAACAAGGAGAAUCCUUGUAGAAUUUCCUUGGGAAAACAAAGUACUCCAAUCUGUUUGGUUGUUGGAACCUUUCCCAUCGCCAAGU